AUGAGAAGAUCGGAUGCAAUGGGCUUGGAGCGGCCGGCGGUCAACGGCGGCGCUGUUUUCCCGAGGAAUAUGUCAUUCCCCGACUCAAUACGGCUGGAACCAAUUCGACUACCGCGUGCAACGAUUUUGCGCGAAGAUACACCAAUUUUUGACAUCAGCAGUCAUCAACAAAUGGAUAACCCGACAUACCUUCGAGAUCACUUUCGAGCACCGUAUGCUGCAACUUAUUCCCCGCAUUCAUUUCCGGAUCAAUUGAGAUCGCGUCAUAUGGGCUCUCCCAUAGAAAAUUCCAGUCAACAGUCACCCGUGAACGUGACGUAUGCUGGACGGCUGGUCACGGACCGAGUGCCACGGCCUGUGGCUCGGCCUCCGAUCCAACAAGAUCUCUACUUAGCCAGUCAACCAAUUCGGGCAACUCCUCCAAUCCCCAGAAUAACACCCACACCUAACCAUGUACCGUAUCCUGUGGCAACAGUAACAGGAACAACAGCCACAGUGACAGACAUGGUACCGAGCUCGCAGUCGACAGACAAGCAAACAAUUCGAGCACGAGCCCUCUCGCGCAAUCAAUUCCUGGGUUAUCAGCGCCUCACGUUCAUCAUGGCCAAAUAUCCAGCCUUAGUGAUGGCUAUAGUGGCAUUAUGGAAUAUCACGGGACGCGGUAAAGGCAUGGAGAAAAGCAGCACUGAAGAGUGCCUCCUGUACCACUUCGUUAUGCUCGUGGCAUUUUGCACGGCUGCAGUAUGUGUGGUGUUCUCCGCGAUCAAUCUUCACAAAUUCAAGGCAAAAAAGAAUCUUGCAACAACUUGCAAGUAUAAACACAGCUCGGGAUGCUACAAUAAUCAGGACCGACUCGCCUAUUUAGCCACCCUCAUGGGUUGCGGUGGAGCAAUCGCGCUGUUCGCACUGGUCACAUUCGUUUACGGAGCCAUCGGCUUGCGUCUAAUGAAGAAGCGUCUUGCUGAAGAAUACAAGAAAGAGGCCGCUCAACGUACUUACGAGAAUCAAGCUUUCCAGUAUUAA